AAAAAAAAAGGGGCUUGUGAGAAGUUAAAAAAAAUGUGAAAAUUACAUCCUAAAAUGAUAACUAGAAUAUUUAAAAAAACAAAAAAGGAAGCUAUUGUCGACAUUUCAAGGAAGUCUUUCACAUAACUUUUUUCUCGUGUUGUGUUAAAAAGAUAACAUGAGCUUAACUAAGUUCGAAUUUUGUUUUGCAGUUUAGAUGUAUUAGAAUAAUGCAUCUAAAAAGCGAGAAGUGUGUCAAUUUUUGUUGACUCAACAAAUAACAGUUCCCUCCAAAAUACAAGUACAACACAACAAAUAUUGAAUUGCUCAAACCACAAAGCAGCACUCUUUUCUUCUGCCUCACCAACAGCAACUGCCAACACCAAAUGAGGCUGAGAUCCAUAGGUGAAAAGGGGACCCAAGUCUUCAACCAAAACCUGAAAAUUACCCGGUUGGGGAAGUCGGGUCGGAUCGACGAAGCGAUUAAGGUUUUCUUACAAAUGCCUCAAAGGAACACUGUAACAUACAAUUCGAUGAUCUCUGUCUAUGCGAAGAAUGGUAGAAUUGGUAAUGCACGCCAACUGUUCGAUAAAAUGCCGCACAGAAACUUGGUUUCUUGGAACACUAUGAUUUCCGGGUACCUGCACAAUGACAGGGUUGAGGAAGCGUAUAGGAUUUUUGUUGACAUGCCGGAGAGAGACCUUUACUCUUGGACUUUGAUGAUAACUUGCUUUACUCGUAGCGGUGAGCUCGAGAGCGCCAGAGAGCUAUUCGAUUUGCUUCCGGAUAAGGGGGAUGCUGCUUGUUGGAAUGCAAUGAUUGCAGGGUAUGCGAAGAAGGGGCAGUUUGAUGAUGCUAAGAGAUUGUUUGAUGAAAUGCCGGAAAAAAAUUUAGUUUCGUGGAAUUCAAUGCUUGCAGGGUAUACGAAGAAUGGGGAGAUGCAGUUGGGACUAAAUUUUUUUGAGGAGAUGCCUGAGAGGAAUGUGGUUUCGUGGAAUUUGAUGUUGGAUGGAUUUUUUGAGGUUGGUGAUUUGGAUUCUGCUUGGAAGUUCUUUAAGAUGAUUCCGGACCCGAAUGUGGUUUCUUGGGUCACGAUGUUAUGUGGGUUUGAGCAAAAUGGGGAGAUCGCAAGGGCAGAGGAUCUCUUUGAGCAGAUGCCAAGUAGAAAUGUGGUUUCUUGGAAUGCAAUGCUUGGAGCCUAUGUUCGAGACCACCAAAUUGACAAGGCUGUUAAAUUAUUCGGGGAUAUGCCUGAGAGGGAUUCUGUAUCGUGGACAACAAUGAUCAAUGGGUAUGUUCGUGUUGGUAAGCUUGACGAAGCAAGGCAAUUGCUCAACCAGAUGCCAUACAAGAACAUUGCUGCACAAACAGCAAUGAUGUCUGGAUACUUGCAAAAUGGAAGGAUGGAUGAAGCAAGUGAGAUCUUCAAUACCAUUUCCAUCCGUGACGUUGUUUGUUGGAACACAAUGAUUACGGGCUAUGCUCAGUGUGGGAAAAUGGUUGAAGCUCUAUCUCUUUUCAUAAAAAUGAUUAACAAGGACAUUGUUUCUUGGAAUACUAUGAUUACUGGUUAUGCUCAAAUAGGGCAGAUGGAUAAAGCACUUGAAAUCUUUGAGUCGAUGGGUGAGAGGAGCAUAGUUUCGUGGAAUUCUCUGGUUACAGGUUACGUGCAAAAUGGGUUAUAUCUGGAUGCACUAAGGAGGAUCGUGAAGAUGGGACAGGAAGGAAAGAGGCCUGAUGAGUCGACUUUUGCUUGUGGUCUAAGCGCGUGUGCCAAUCUUGCGGCUUUACAAGUUGGAAAGCAACUUCACCAUUUGGUUGUGAAGUGUGGUUAUGUAAAUGACUUGUUCGUCAGCAAUUCCCUGAUUACCAUGUAUGCUAAAUGCGGGAGAGUUGUGGAUGCUAAUUUUGUGUUCGAAGAUAUCAAGCGCGGUGAUAUUGUUUCUUGGAAUUCUUUGAUAUCUGGGUAUGCUUUAAACGGAGAUGGUGAAGAGGCAGUGAAGCUCUUCAAAAAGAUGUUAAUAGAAGGGGUGAAUCCUGAUCAGGUGACCUUUGUUGGGGUGUUAUCAGCAUGCAGCCACAGUGGGUUGGUUGAGUGCGGUUUAGAAAUUUUUAAGAGCAUGACUGAAGUUUACCUUAUUGAACCUUUUGCCGAACACUAUGCUUGCAUGGUUGACCUGCUCGGUCGUGCAGGGAGGCUAGAGGAAGCCUUUGAAAUGGUGAGGAAUAUGAAGAUCGCGACAACUGCUAAAAUAUGGGGUGCAUUACUUGGAGCUUGUAGGAUACACCGGAAUCUACAACUUGGAAAGUAUGCUUCCGAGAAGCUUUUAGAACUUGAACCUGAUAAAGCUUCAAAUUAUGUGCUCUUGUCCAACAUGCAUGCUGAGGCCAGCAGAUGGGACGAGGUUGAAAGAGUCAGGGUGUUAAUGAAAGAAAGUAGCACGGAGAAGCAGCCAGGCUGCAGUUGGAUUGAAGUCAGAAAUCACGUACAUGCUUUUCUCUUUGAUGAUCCGGCGCAGCCUAGAACAGCAGAGCUUUCAAGCGUAUUGAAGAGCCUAACCACAGAGAUGAAAAACACAAGUUACAUAUCGACACCUUAUGAUUGACAAAGAUUUACAACCUACGGUAACAGGAGUAAAAAUACACACAGGGUUACUCUUGUCCUAUAUGAAUCAAGAGGGAGGGCACUCUCUUCUCUCAACAAACCCAGAGACUUUCUUCCUCGCCGAUUGGAAAUUUAUGUAGUGUUCCAAUUAAAAGGAAAUCCAUGU